CCGACUCGGUGAUCGAGGACAAGACCAUCGAGCUGAUGAUCCACCAAUCCGACGACCCACUACCGUAGUCGUUCCCGGGCUGACAAGUCUGAGAAGGAAAACCCAUUCGAAUCCCCUUUCAUUCUGGAUUGGUGGAUCUGAAGCCCAGAAACAAAGUUUCAGAACACGUCAGUAAUGGAGGAUCAGAAUGAAGAUGAGUCUCCAAAGAAAAAUACCCUAUGGCAGAUAAGUAAUGGAACUUCAUCUGUGAUUGUCUCAAGAAAAAGACCAUCGGAAGGAAACUACGAAAAGGAAAAAGACUUGUGUAUUAAAUAUUUUGACCAGUGGUCUGAAUCAGAUCAAGUUGAAUUUGUGGAACACCUUAUUUCACGAAUGUGUCACUAUCAGCAUGGACAUAUUAACUCUUACUUGAAGCCCAUGUUACAACGGGACUUCAUCACUGCGUUACCAGAGCAAGGCUUAGAUCACAUAGCAGAAAACAUCCUUUCCUACCUUGAUGCCAGAUCACUCUGUGCAGCAGAGCUGGUAUGUAAGGAAUGGCAGAGAGUCAUCUCUGAGGGAAUGCUGUGGAAAAAAUUGAUUGAAAGAAUGGUACGCACAGAUCCACUAUGGAAGGGACUGUCAGAAAGAAGGGGUUGGGAUCAAUACCUGUUUAAAAACAGACCAACAGAUGGCCCCCCAAAUGCAUUUUACAGGUCCUUAUACCCAAAGAUAAUACAGGAUAUAGAGACUAUAGAAUCCAACUGGCGAUGCGGGCGACACAACUUGCAAAGGAUUCAGUGCCGCUCUGAAAACAGCAAAGGUGUCUACUGUUUACAGUAUGAUGAUGAGAAGAUUAUCAGUGGCCUACGAGAUAACUCCAUUAAGAUCUGGGACAAAACAAGCUUGGAAUGUUUGAAAGUAUUAACAGGACAUACUGGCUCAGUUCUUUGUCUGCAAUAUGAUGAAAGAGUCAUUGUAACUGGAUCUUCAGAUUCUACAGUGAGAGUUUGGGAUGUAAAUACAGGGGAAGUUUUGAACACGUUGAUUCAUCACAAUGAGGCAGUGCUUCAUUUGAGGUUCAGUAAUGGCUUAAUGGUGACAUGCUCCAAAGACAGAUCGAUUGCUGUUUGGGAUAUGGCAUCACCUACUGACAUCACCCUGCGCCGGGUCUUGGUCGGCCACCGCGCUGCCGUUAACGUGGUAGACUUUGAUGACAAAUACAUCGUGUCAGCAUCAGGGGACAGGACCAUUAAAGUCUGGAGUACAAGUACAUGCGAGUUUGUUCGUACUCUAAACGGGCACAAGCGUGGCAUCGCGUGUCUCCAGUACAGGGAUCGACUAGUUGUCAGUGGAUCUUCAGACAAUACCAUUAGGCUAUGGGACAUUGAAUGUGGUGCCUGUUUAAGAGUAUUAGAAGGCCAUGAAGAACUGGUUCGGUGCAUCAGGUUCGACAACAAGAGGAUUGUUAGUGGAGCCUAUGAUGGCAAAAUUAAAGUUUGGGACUUGCAAGCUGCUCUUGACCCUCGUGCCCCAGCAAGUACGUUGUGCUUGCGUACGUUAGUGGAACAUUCAGGACGCGUCUUUAGACUCCAGUUUGAUGAAUUUCAGAUCAUUAGUAGUUCCCAUGACGAUACAAUUUUGAUUUGGGAUUUCUUAAAUGUGCCACCCAGUGCCCAGAAUGAGACCCGCUCUCCAUCUAGAACAUACACUUACAUCUCCAGAUAACAGUCUGCACUUUACUGCCCUCAGAAGGGUUUCACAGUCUUGAACUACUGGAUUUUUGGCUACUACAUGCCUGAAGAUGCUGAUUGACAGCUAAAGUCAGAAUUGGUUCUAGAUGCUGUGUAGAUGCAAAGCAGCACAAUUCUAUAUCUAAAUUUCUUAAUCUUUCCUGCUCUCAGUGGUCGUCUUUGAAUUUACUACAAAUUCACUGACUUGGAGUAGAUGAAUUUCAGAAGCCUUUCCUUCCCUGCAAAUGAGAAAUCCAAAGCUUCACAUGUAAAUUGUCCGUAGAAACUGAACUCUGAUGGCUUGUUUUUCAGAAAUAAAUCAGAAGUCAAGAAAGGACUUGGCCUAAUUUAUAUUGCUUUGCACUUUUGUCUGACUUCAAAGAAAAAAAAACAUUCUCCAAUGAAAUUUGGGUGCCAAACACAUGCCCAGAAUGUACAGAGCUUUGCUUUCAAAGUCACCAUUGUCCUUUAGACUUUACCCUCAUGACAGGUUCAGAGCCUGUUGUGUUUGAUAGGAGUGUACGCUGGACACUUAGAAAUAUUUCUGAAUUGCUCAGUAAUAUUUUUGGAUUACAGUUUACUUGUUUCUGCACCAAUAAUUUCUUUUAAAUUAAAGAUUUACCUGUAAUUCAGGCUAGGUUACCUAAACUAGUUGUAUAGCACUGUCUUUUCCUUUUUAACUGUGCUCUGUACUACAGCCGUCCUGCUCUUCCUAAUGUUUGGUAUAGUAAAACCUUCCCAUGUGUGCUUGCCUCAUUUCAAAUACUGUAUAAGCAUGUAGAUAUAAUGUACAUAACUGUAACCUCCAGGUGCUGGGAGUCAGGAUUUCCUGACACUACACACUAAUCCGAAUUGUGGUAGCACUUGGCAGCAGGAUGUUCUAACUACUGGCACUGUAGGGGUUCAUAUGAGUUACCGAGUCGUUUUGGGGUUGUUUUUUCUCUGCAAAAGAAGGUUUUUCAGUAUUCAUUAGGGUUUUUUUUUUAAUGGAAACUACAUAUUUUAAAAUGUAAUUUCUAAACUUUUUAAAAAUUAAAACAAAUGUUUAAUUUAUGUUCUGUAUCUUACGUUCUUGUGCCGCAGUACUUACCCUCGUCUUUCCUUCAGCACCACGACAGCCUCCCCGGCGCCUGCUCGCCUCCCGCUCUAACAUUAGUUUGGCUGCUCCAUGGAGAAGAUGCCACGGGCCAAAGCUUUAAAAGUUAUUUAUGUAUUGAUUUGUAACACUUCCUUAGAGUGGAGUGCAGUGGAGUUCAGUGGAGGUCCCUUCAAGUCAAUGCUCUGGUUACCGUGCUGCUUUUCUUUUCCGUAGCUGUGGUGUCCUGGUCGUGGUUCCUCUUCGUUGGGAAGUCUCAGUCGUUUUGUCUCACGUUGUCAUCGUCUCGCCUCUCAUUUCCGUGGUCGUAGGAACACUGCUGCAUUUUUCUAAUGUCACAACAAGACAUGGAUGAAUGCAGAGGUGACUGUUUUAGCUGCAUUAGCCGUGUGUGGCAACAUCCGUCGCUGGCUUUAACGCUUCAGCCGAGCUCAAUGUGACAUCCGCCUGUUUCCCUGGGGAAGGUGUGUGCUGGCACAGAAACAUACCAUCAUUCCUUUCAGCCUUUGUAUGUCAUGUGUGUGUUUUUUCUCCUCCGGCAGCACUUCCUUGUGUUGGCAUUUUUCCCUUUUACCACUCAAAAGGGAUGGGGAUGGCCGAGGGCUUGCUCCUGCCGUGCCAUUCCUGUGUUGAGAGAGUUCAGAGGGAGCGCACGUCAGGCGCUGCCGAACCCACAUGGAACCACCACUUAAGGUUUUCUCCCCUUUGCCUUUCACACUGAGAGGUGUUGGGAUCAGUGUUUAACUCCCACUUAAACUGUUACAGCAACGAUAUUUAUUUCAUCGAGACGAUGGAACGUGUUGAAGUACAGAAGAUUAAAACCAUGCUCCUAAGCGUCCAUCACUCUUUGGUAAGCUUGACAGUAGUUUGUGAAAGUGUCUUACUUUACCCUUCUCAUCUAAUAGCUUUAAUAUUAAACUGUUUCAAACGAAGGCAAAAAAAAUCUGCCACAGCCCUGAAGAAACAGGUAUUUGUUUCCGAAGGAACGGAGUCCUUGUUUUUAAAAUGCAUGUGUAAGAUUUAAAUUCAUGUUUUUUCCUUGGGAGGUAAAUGGUAUUUGAACAUGCAGUCUAAACUUCUUUGUGCUUUGUGUAACAUAGCAGUGGACUUUUGUGAUUGGCACCCGAGGAACUUGACUCCUGGGAUUAAUGGUAGUGAUCCUGGCUGCACUCUGGACUUUGUUUUGCUAACCAUGAUCGAGCAAACUGUACAUUACUGCUAUAUUAAUGUUUCAAAGCACUGGGAUAGUCUAACUCUAACAUGUAAUUGUUUGCCAAUUUAUCUGUUUGGAAAGUUGGUGUAUGAACAGCUUCUUGAAACUGUUAAAUUGUACAGAUAUCGUUCAUGAUCUAAAGCUUUGUACUGUGGAAUGUGCUUAAUAAAAAAAAGAAAACAACA